CGGCGCUGGGGUUGUGUGUGUAGGCAGCGGCGCCAGAGGAGGAGGAGCACGAGGAUGCAGCUGCGACCGCGGCCCCGAGAGGGAGCCGCCGCUGCUCUGUGGCCGCGGGGGCUGAGGGACAGGAAUCAGGCCUGGGGUCGGGUCGCUGAGGGGACUGAGGGUGGCGGUCCCGCCGGAGCUCGGGCCUAGUAGGGGCCGCUGGGCGAGGGCCUCCCCCCGUGUCUCCCCUCGCCCCUCCACGUCGAUGGUGGUGAAGUUGGCGGCGCCAGGGAGCGCAAGGCACCAGGCUGCCUCCUUUGCACUCAGCUCCUCCUGGAGUGCAUCUCUGGCACCGGCUCACCGACACCUGCGCCGCCCUCUCCUCUUGCCCGCUGAGCCCACCCCUGGCAGCGGGCGAGGGAGGGGCUCCCCUGCAGGGCCUGUGUCCAGCAGGGCGACGACGGGGACCAUAGGAGAGUAGGGGUACUGGUAACAUCUGAACAUACCAAAUCAAACAGGCAAACUCUUGCACCAUCACUAUCACCACAUUUUACCACAAAGGAAUGCAACCGUAUGUGGAUACCACACGGGCUAAAAGGAAAGAGUGAAUUACACCUCAGACUGUCCACUGAACGGGAUGACGGCCACAGCUGCAGUGGAGACGCCAAAAAUGGAGAAGAGUGCCUCCAAGGAAGAGAAACAACAGUCUAAACAGGACAGCAUGGAGCAGAGCAAUGCUGAUUCUGAAGAGUGGAUGAACUCUGAAAGUGACCCUGAACAGAUGAACCUUAAGAGCAGCAACAAUGACAAUUGCUACCAACCUGGAGAUGCUCAGUUGAAAAAAAAGGAGAUUCCCUCUAAGCCACACCGUCAGCUCUAUAGAUCACCCUGCUUAGAUCAUCCAAGCUUCUCCCAGAGCAGCAUUCUACAAGAUGGGAAGCUUGACUUGGAAAAGGAAUAUCAAGCCAAGAUGGAGUUUGCUCUAAAGCUAGGCUAUGCAGAGGCACAGAUUCAAUCAGUAUUGAACAAGCUGGGCCCAGAAUCACUUAUUAAUGAUGUGUUGGCAGAGCUUGUCAGACUUGGGAACAAAGGUGAUUCGGAAGGGCAGGUCAGCUUGAGUCUGUUAGUACCUCGGGGUCCCAGCUCCAGAGAGAUUGCAAGCCCUGAACUGUCUCUUGAAGAUGAAAUAGACAACAGUGAAAAUUUGAGACCAGUUGUUAUAGAUGGAAGUAAUGUGGCAAUGAGCCAUGGGAAUAAAGAAGAGUUCUCCUGCAGAGGAAUACAACUUGCUGUGGAUUGGUUCCUAGACAAAGGCCAUAAAAAUAUUACUGUAUUUGUGCCUGCCUGGAGAAAGGAGCAAUCUCGCCCUGAUGCACCAAUUACAGAUCAAGAUAUUCUACGUAAACUGGAGAAAGAAAAGAUUCUUGUCUUCACACCAUCCCGAAGGGUCCAGGGCAGAAGAGUUGUCUGUUAUGAUGACCGGUUCAUAGUCAAAUUGGCUUUCGAUUCUGAUGGCAUCAUUGUAUCUAAUGAUAACUAUCGAGACCUUCAAGUUGAAAAGCCAGAAUGGAAGAAGUUUAUAGAGGAGCGGUUGCUGAUGUAUUCCUUUGUGAAUGACAAAUUUAUGCCUCCAGAUGAUCCUUUAGGACGUCAUGGCCCAAAUCUUGAAAAUUUCUUGAGAAAGAGACCUGUUGUUCCGGAGCACAAGAAGCAACCGUGCCCUUAUGGCAAAAAAUGCACCUAUGGCCACAAGUGCAAAUACUACCAUCCGGAGCGGGCCAAUCAACCACAGCGUUCCGUGGCUGAUGAGCUCCGCAUCAGUGCCAAACUGUCCACAGUGAAAACCGUGAGUGAAGGCACCCUGGCCAAGUGUGGCACAGGGCUGUCUAGUGCCAAAGGUGAGACAACCUCAGAAGUCAAACGUGUGACCCCCAAGCGCCAGUCGGAUCCCAGCAUCCGGUCCAUGGCUGUAGAGCCUGAGGAAUGGCUGUCGAUUGCCCGUAAGCCUGAGGCCAGCUCUGUCCCCUCACUUGUGACCGCCCUAAGUGUCCCCACAAUCCCACCCCCUAAAAGCCAUGCAGUGAGUGCACUCAACACCCGUUCAGCCAGCAGCCCAGUGCCAGGAUCCUCUCAUUUCCCCCACCAGAAGGCCUCACUGGAGCACAUGGCUAGCAUGCAGUAUCCCCCAAUCCUGGUAACCAAUAGCCAUGGGACUCCUAUUAGCUAUGCUGACCAAUAUCCAAAGUUUGAGUCCUUGGGGGACCAUGGCUACUAUUCAAUGUUAAGUGACUUCUCCAAACUGAACGUCAACAGCAUGCAUAAUCGAGAGUACUACAUGGCUGAAGCAGACCGAGGAGUAUAUGCCCGGAAUCCCAACCUCUGUCCUGACAACCGUAUGAGCCAUACCAGGAACGACAACUAUUCCUCUUACAACAACCUGUACUUGGCUGUAGGUGAUAGCCAUCCUGAGGGCAGUUUGAAGCUGCAUCGUUCGGCAUCUCAGAACCGUCUUCAGCCUUUUCCUCAUGGUUACCAUGACGCCUUAACGCGAGUGCAGAACUAUGGCCCAGAGGAUUCUAAGCAAGUCCCCCACAAACAGUCAGUUCCCCACUUAGUUCUGCAAGCCCAGCACCCAGCAACUGGCGUAUGCUCCAGCGGUCCUGGAGACUACUCUAUGCUUCCCAAUAUCCAUCCUGGGGCAACCCCCCAGCCAGGACGUGCCCUGGUAAUGACUCGUAUGGACAGCAUUUCUGACUCCCGCCUCUAUGAGAGCAACCCCAUGAGGCAAAGGAGACCUCCUCUGUGCCGGGAGCAACAUGCCAGCUGGGACCCAUUGCCCUGUGCAACUGAUUCCUAUGGCUACCACUCUUAUCCCUUGAGUAACAGCCUCAUGCAACCAUGCUAUGAGCCAGUCAUGGUACGGAGCGUGCCUGAAAAGAUGGAACAGCUUUGGAGAAAUCCUUGGGUUGGAAUGCGCAAUGAUAACAGGGAGCAUAUGAUCCCAGAGCACCAGUAUCAGACUUACAAGAACCUCUGCAAUAUUUUCCCUUCAAACAUUGUUCUUGCAGUGAUGGAGAAGAAUCCCCACACAGCAGAUGCCCAACAACUGGCAGCUUUGAUUGUUUCUAAGCUUAGGGCUGCUCGUUGACAUGACAUAGAAGUUAAUCCUUUAUACAAAUAUAAAUACUAAUAAUGCAUUAAUACUAUGAUGAGUAAUAAUUUUGUGUUGCGCUUUACAAGUUACAGUGUUUAUGUUAUUUGAAGCUCAAAACAACCUUGUAAGAUAAAUCUUACUGAUGUCUUAUUUUCUAGAAAAAGAAACUAAAUCUCAUUGAGAUUAAGUUCCUUGCCAAGGUCACACUGCUAGCAAGUGACCAAAUCAUGGCUCAUACUCAAGUCCUCUGACUCCAAGUCCCAUGCUUUUUUGCACGGCACCAUGCAGGCAAUGGAGGACAAAACUCAGGGGGAGAAGGUCUAACUGCAAGAAUCUCCCAAGGGAUUCCAUUACCAACAUUUUCUUAAUCACAUAUUCUAUAUUACAAAGUAUUGAUAAUAUAUCUAAUUUUAAAAGGAAGAGCAUCAGGAGCAAAUUAUAUGUUGAAUUAACCUUUGGGGAUUUUUAAUAGGAUAUUUAAAGCUAUUUAAAAGCAAAUGCAUAAAUUAUUGCAUGAAUAUCUGACCAUUCAAUAUCUUUACUAACCAAGCUAUAGGGUCACAUCAAAGCUUCUAGAGGUAUAUUUCAACUUAUUGUUAGCAAUUAUAUUGCAUGUAUAACUGUAUGUAUUUAGUUUAAGAUGUUUCUGUAUUUCCAUAUAACCUUUUAUAUAGUGAUAAUGAGAAGAAAAGCUCUGCACAGUCCUUAGUCUAUAGUUGUAUAGAUCAUGAAUCUAAUUUGAUUUUAUGUCACAUUUCAUAGUUACGACCAGUUUUGAAAGUGAAAUUACAUGCCAAUAUUUGAAUAUUGUUUUCUUAGACACCAGAGCAAGCUAGCUCUACUUCCUUUGCAGUUUUUACUGGUCAACAUUUACUGAUAGUUCUUAGCUUUUAUAUCUCUUCACCUUAGCAAAUUAAAGAUCAGAUUACAGCUUUUUAUUUCAGAGGAGCUGAUGGAAAAGCUCAAGAUCCAAGCAUAUCAGGUUUGUGCUAAAAAAGCACAGAAGUUUGACCAGGACCAAGGGAGUUACUACCAGACUUCACUUCCUUUUUACCAGGAGAGAUGGCCAAACGUGCAGCAUUAAAUGAUGAACACAAAAGCUGCAUUCAAGGAGGGUCUAAUGGAUACUUUUUAGACUUCUGACCUAUGCAGUAUUCGACAUCACAGGAUAAAACGUAAUGGAGGACAGUGCACAGUCAUGUAAUCCACUUUCUCUUGUUGUCCACCCUUUGGGAAAUAAGGUUGAUCACUGGUGGAACAGAAUUUCUUUAGGAAACAAAACGAGGGGAUUUCUAAGUGGAAAAAGGCAGCUUACAAAAGGAGAUGGUACAUCUUUGCUAAUAACUGGCUCAGUUAUGCACUUCAAAUAUAGCAAACAGGAUGCACUUACCCUUAGAUAAUUAUUAAAUGCAUUACUAAAGACAGCAGGACUUUGGGUUGGGUGGCACCAUUUGUGCAACUAGUAUCUUGCUCAGGGUGGAAAACUUUGUAGCUAAAUGCCUCCUCUAGAGGCAUUAUUGGGUUGUUUUUUUUUAAGCUGUACUAAAUGAACCCCUUUUUUUAAUCCAUUGUAUAUUAAACAUUUUGAACCAUGACCUGCUCACUAUUUCUUGAGCUGGAACUUGCUAAUUUCUAUGAUUUUUUUUUUAUCAUGAAAGUUAAGAAGGCCUGGUCUAGGUCUUUUGUUGCUUCAUGAGAAGGUGUGACACUCUCUAUAAAUGUUUCUUAUCGUGAAACCCUCCACACGUGAGUCUGUAGUUAGGAUUGUUUCUGGUGGUUUCAUAGUGGCUUGCAUGCUGCUUUCUGGCUUUCUAUCUCUGUCCUAGUUGAUCAAAACUGCAUCUCAAUCAGCAUUUAUCUUCAGUUAACCACAGCUUUGUAUUCAUCUCCUACUCUCUGAUCUUUCCAUUCCCCAGCAUGCUGAUAUGCAAAAAGUACUUUCUGUCCCAUAUAGAAUAGAGAGUGACAGUUGCCACUGAAACUAGUGUUUGCAAUUCAGUUUCACCCAAAUUUUAUACACUUUAUUUUCAACUUAUACAAACAUUUUAUUUUCAACCUCUUGGACCUUCUGAAUCUGUCCCAUGUCUAAAUCAAGGGUAUUUGACAAUCUUAGAUGACUCUACUAACUUUGUACCUGUUAGUUCAUCUUCCUACCAAAAUCAUCAAUGGCACCACAGUAUCUACUAGCUGCACAAUUUUCAGGGAAGCACAAGAUUUGUCUUGUCAGCUGCAAUUUAUCUCAGAUAAGUUCAUAUUUAAUACUUGGGAAAACUGUAAGCUCCUCCCAACACAGGACGUAUUUUUAAGGCAGCAUAUGUAUUUUUUAUUUUCCAAAACCAAUUGUCAUUCUUCUCAUAAAAUGUGUACAAGCCAAAGUGGCUAAAAGCAAUGCUUCAAAUAAUCAGAAAUGACCUUUUGUUGAUACAAAUUAUAUCUUUUUUUCCUGAUUGCAUAAGAACAAAUGUACAAAACUCAUAAUAAACUAAGUUAGGUACUGACUUUUCACCAUGAUGUUUGUGGCACUGUGUGUCACAGAAAAGCAGCCUGGGAGUCAUGAGGGAGCUAUUUACAAAGGGCAGUAGUGGUUUAUAGACAAAGACAAUUUUUUCAAGGCUUCCUUAUUACUAUGCACACAGCUAUUAUGUGUACAGUUUCAAGGAUUAUAUUGCAUAAGUUCUCUUUAGCCUAUUACAUUUAAUAUGUCCCCAAAAAAGGAAUUUUGUGUCAAAAUUGUGGUAGUGAAUCAUCUGCAAGAAGCUAAAAUUAUGAAUGCAUGAAUCUAGCAUGCUUUUUAGUGAGGUUAUUAGAGAAACAUUUUCUUUAUACUGGUAUCUGUACACUUCUUGACUUUUCCAUAUUGUCUGUAACUAUAAAACAACAAAUACAAAGAAGCACUGGGACCUUCUCAGUUCUCCUGAUAAUAAAAUCAGGCCUCUUUCUUAGGGUUAAGCUUGUGUUCCUGAGAAUACUUACCUCCAAGCACUCAGCAGGGGUUACUGCAGUGUUUAGUGUGGUUUUCAAGGACCAGUAUAUUUUGCAAGAGGUGCUUUGUACUUUUAAUUUUUUCACUGAAUUUCUGAACUCAUAGAAAGUCUGUGCCUAUUCAGGUCUUAGAUUUUAUACAUUUUGUGAUUUUUGUUUCUUUUUGUGAUUUUGUUGUGGUUACUUUUAUUUCAACCUGAAAAAGUGUGAUUCUAGAGUGGCAAGGUCAAUUCAAUUACUAGAGCCUUUUCAAAGGACGCAUGUAGCCAUUGCACUAUCUUUUAAAGUGUAAAGUAUAGAAAGGAGAAUGACAGAUGCCUUAUGGAAAGGGUCUGUAAAACUUUUCUUUUUCUAAGUAAUAAUAUAAGUAUUCUCUCUUUCUUUCCUAGUUUCCAGAACACUUUGAAAACCCAUUUUUUUUCUAUUUGAGAAUAAAUUCUCUUUAUACAGUAAUUCAAAUAUUGAUACCCAUUAACCUUUGGCACUGAGCUUUCUUCUAACAUAGAAGAAUUCAUUUUGAGAGGCGCUCAUUUACUGUUCUAUCUAUGCUGUUAGUAUGGGACUUCGUACAAUUGCCCUUUUUGAGGGCCAACAAUUUCAAUACACUUUUACUCUGUGAACCAGGUCUGAAACUGCACAGGGAAAAUACUGUUAAGCUAUCCAAAGAGCUCUGCUCAGGUCUCUUCCUAACCCUUCUCUGUCUUCCCCUAGUUUUCUCCUCCUCACAUCUGACACUGAGGAGGGCAUAGUCUUAAACUUGAAGUGGCACUACAGUUAGUUCUCAUUGGAAACCAAACCGGUAUGUUUUGGGAACCUGCUUGUCCAAAGUAUUCGAUGCCUUUGGAAAGACUCAGCAUAUUCAAUGUCUACCAUAUUGUAGCUAGCUAUAUACAUAGACAGAUUGACUAUUUCUAGUCCUGAUUUAUAUAUCACUGAGCUAUAGUAGUUUGCUUUAUCCAUUUGUGGGAUUAAACAAAUACUGUUUAAUGGUUGUAAACUUUUAUAAAACCUCUUUGGGUUUUUUGUUUGACCCAAACAUAACGUAAGUCUCAAUGACAAAAUACACAAAGCCAACCAGAGGUGAGUGAAAAUAUGUCCCAUCCCCAGUUUUGUCUUCCCCUAUAACGCAGGUGCAAUGCUUUGCUAUGUUUUCACUAGCAUGAAUAUGCUAUGACUACAUAAUGAGGUUUUAUUGGUUUCACCUAUAAUCAUGAUUGAAAAUGCUGUAUCAUUGACAAUAAUGAACUGUAACCACACUUACUUUCUGCAUAAACUAUUUGUCUACUAACUACAAA